AUGCCUGGUGGCAAACCCACCAAAGCCUCAAUCGAGUCUGCCCGCGAGCGCGAAACCUUCAGAUACGAUACAACCCUAAUUCCCGCUUCGCGCAAGAACGACCCCGCCAAUCUUAUCCCUCCAUCCGAGCUACGAGCUUCUUCUGAUGCCUCCCUUACUGCUUUCGCCCAGCUGGGCGCAUUGCGCUUGGGAGCCUCCCGUGCCUUGAUUUCCCUCUUCGAUACCAAGUGCCAAUACAUCGUCGCCGAGGCCACCCCCAAUUUACUUUUGGCCCCAAAUGCGACGCCCGACACGGAUGCUGGGGAGCAGCUAUGGCUUUGCGGGACGGCUCUUCCUCGCGCCCACGGGGUAUGCGAAUCCGUCCUCGUCGCACCCGGCACCGCAGAACCUAAGGCAUCUGAGGAUGACGCUCUGCCGGUGUCUGUCAUAUCCGAUCUCGCCGACGACCCCAGGUCAUCGGAAAAGGCUCAUUACAAGGAAUGGCCACACCCUCGCUUUUACGCUGGCGUGCCCAUCAAAUCCCGCAGAGGUGUCAGCAUCGGCGUCUUCUCUGUAUGGUCCGACGAACCACGACAGGAGCUAAGCUCCAACUCUACCCAGCUUUUGAGGCAGUUGUCAAGAAUGGUUACUGAUCACCUAGACUCUAAACGCACUGUCGAGAGACAUCAUAGGGCAGUGAGAAUGCUUCGUGGUAUAGGAAGUUUUGUCGAAGGGAAAGCUACCAUGUCGAACCUCGGAUCGCAAUCUCAGACAAACGAUCAAUCUCUCGAAGGCUCCCUGAACCAGAAUCAGCAGCGACUGCAAGACCUGGACAAUGCGGCGGCAAAGAAAGCCGACGACGACGAGUCUGAGCCUGGGUCUGUCGCACCUUCUCCACUGGCCAGCCCGAAAAAGUCGCCCAGCCCCUCUCAGCAGCGAGUCCAUCGUCGUCCGUCAUCGGCUUCGGAUGUUUCGGUCGGAAAUAGACGGCCAACGACAGAGACGACGAUGGAGUCAAUGACGGAGAAAUCGAGCCACAAUAGCCACGAGGAAGGCGUCAGUUACAUCUUCUCCAAGGCGGCAAACAUUAUUCGUGAGAGUAUCGAGGUCGAAGGUGCCCUGUUCCUGGAUGCGGCGAUUGGCUCGUUUGCUGGGUUGGCCACCAAGACAGCAGCUUCGGGAAGCUUCAGCUCCUCGUCUAGUAGCGAUGAGCGCCACAGUACACAAAGGCAGGCCAGCCUUUCCAGUGUGGUGGAUGUUCCCUGUCGUAUCCUCGGCCACUCCAACUCUUUGACGUCUAGCAUCGAUCGGCAGAUAACCUCCAAGGAUCAGCGUCAAUUUUCGGAGCGUUUCCUAGCAAAGCUGCUUCGUCGAUACCCAAGUGGUCGAGUCUUUGCUUUUGACGAGAAUGGGUCUCUACAGUCGUCCGACUUCUCAGAGGAGGAUGGAGCGACGCCGAUGUCACCACUGGCCGAGAAGAAGCUAUCCACGGCGCACCAGGAGGAACUGUCCCCUGCGGAACUGUCUGAUCGAGCCCGCAAACGGAAUAAGAAACUGCUUUCGCGUCAGAAUGAGGGGAAAAUGCUAAUGACCCUUUUCUCUGGCGCUCGUAGCGUCGCCCUCGUCCCUCUCUGGGAUGCUCAGAAGCAACGGUGGUAUUCGGGCGGCUUUGUAUACACGAAGACCGCCAAUCGCGUUCUUACGAUCGAGGGCGAGCUCAGCUAUCUACGAGCCUUCGGGACUGUCAUCGUGUCAGAAGUCGCGAAGCACAAUGCUCGGAUGGUGGAUAAGGCGAAGUCGGACUUGCUCAGCUCCCUGUCACACGAGCUUCGUUCGCCUUUACACGGUAUUCUCCUUGGGGCAGAGUUGAUGCAGGACACACCUCUCGAUGCCUUCCAAGGAGAUGUACUGCACUCUGUCGAGACGUGCGGAAAGACCCUACUGGAUACCAUGGAUCAUCUCCUCGACUAUAGCAAGCUCGGGAACUUCCUGAGACCAACCGUUGGACGACGAAACAGUGCUUCCGGCACGGAGGAUCGGGGGCUUCGCACCUCUGACAAGAACCACAACAUCGAAGCUGGUAUGAUGUCUCUCAGCCGCAACGUAAACAUCGACGUGCUCGCGGAGGAGGUCAUUGAGAGUGUAUGCGCCGGCUUCAGCUUCCAGCGUUUCGCCGUUUCCCGACUGACUGGGAACCGACCAUCAGAACAUGCCGAUAUCGACGCCCUGCAUAGACUUGACAGCAUGCAAGCUCUUGAAAACAUGUCGUCAGAGAGUAAUAAAUCAGGCGACUCUCAGAUCUUGCUCGGUGAAGUGUCAGUGACGUACGAUGUGAAUCCAGCUGCUUCCUGGCGCUUUAACACCCAGCCUGGUGCACUGAGGAGGAUAAUCCUAAACAUCCUCGGAAACGCACUCAAGUACACCACUCGGGGCUUUAUCAACGUCAACGUUCUCCAAGUGGAAUCUUCCAUACAAGGGUCGCGAGAAAUUCAGAUUGUGGUCGCCGACUCUGGGAAAGGCAUGUCCGAAGAUUACUUACGGUAUCAUCUUUAUGCCCCCUUUCACCAAGAAGACACGCUCUCGGCAGGCACAGGCGUUGGUUUGAGUCUCGUUAAGGAGGUAGUUACUCGCUUGGGAGGGUCGAUCCAGGUACAGAGCAAGGUCAAUCGAGGUACCAAAGUCACUGUCAAGUUGCCGCUGCAGCAGGCCUCGUCACCCUCGCCCAAGACGAGCAUCCCGAAGACGGUAAACUUCGAUGAAUUCCGCGCCCAAGUGAGCGAGUUGAAAGGACUCCGAGUCCGUCUGCUUGGAUUUCCAACCAGAAUUGGCACCAAUAUUGAGGACGAGCUUUCUGCAAACGUGUUAAGUGAGCACGCCUUACUCGAAGGACUAUGUCGCGAGUGGCUGCAAAUGCACGUCAUUGACGAGUCGUCUCUUGACAAACUGCUUCCCGAUCUUAUUCUGGCUACGGAGCGAAAUCUUGACCGUCUUCUUUACGAGCGGAGACACCAUGGCGUAUCCACUCCUGUUGUCGUCGUAUGUCGGAAUGCAUUGAUUGCGAGACAAUUGGCGACCUCUCCUCGGUUCACAGGCCGGCGAGUCGUGUUCGAAUUCGUAUCUCAGCCCAUUGGGCCGAGGAAGCUGGCUCGCAUUUUGCUGCUGAGCUUCAGGAGAUGGACAAAACUACAAGCCUCUGCCAUCAUGACACCCACGGCUUUAUCACUGGCCAGUGCCGAACCAGGACGUCUUGAUGGGCAAUCUAGGCUAGAGUCGCUAGACUUUCAAUCAACAUCGGCCAUGAGCACGGAGGCCAUCCCCGAUAAGACGGAAUACUUCGGGGUUACAGAUGUAGCAGCAACAUACUCGACGGACACAAUAAAGCAAGCAGAAACAGAGGAGGACAAAACCAUGACGUUGCCAGAACGUCCAGGUCCCAGGCCAUCGACGCCAACACCUGGCAACCCGGAACCAAGCCAGUCACCUAACGAGAGCGAUCGCGACCCAGACUUGUUCCUUCUCGUAGACGACAACGCGAUCAAUCUGAGGAUUCUGUCCGAGUACAUGAAGAAACUGGGCCACAAGUACACGACAGCAAUGGAUGGAAAACAGGCCGUCGAAGCCUUCAGGAAGAGCGAAGGCCGGUACAAGUGCAUCUUUAUGGACAUUUCUAUGCCCGUUAUGGACGGGUUCGAAGCUACGCGCGAGAUUCGUGUAUUCGAGACGAGGAAAAACAUACCGCGGUGCCAAGUGUUUGCCCUCACGGGCCUGGCAUCGGCGAGCGCCCAGGAAGAAGCUUUUGCGAGCGGGAUCGAUUUGUUCCUGACGAAGCCCGUGAAGCUGAAGGAACUUAGCAAGAUCUUACAGACAAGAGACCUUGCGUGA